GUUGACGUCAGCUGUGCGCGUUGAGUUUGCGAAGAAGCCGCGGCCGCGGAGCUGAGGCAGCCGGCGGACGGGGGCGAGAUACCACUCGCACACGGGAGGUCCAAGGCAUUGCUCGGGGGGUGGGCGCCCAGUUGCCAAGGUACAUCUGUCUAUAUGUGUUGCAUCAAAUGUUGGAAAAAUGACAGAUGACAGAGAUGUAUUACGGGAUGUUUGGUUUGGAAGGAUACCAACCUGCUUCACGCUAUCUCAGGAUGAAAUAACAGAGAGGGAAGCUGAACCGUACUAUCUGCUUUUACCAAGGGUCAGCUACCUGAUGCUCGUCACUGACAAAGCUAAAAAGCACUUCCAGAAAGUUAUGAGACAAGAGGAUGUGGGAGAGAUGUGGUUUGAAUAUGAAGGUGUACCUCUGAAGUGGCAUUAUCCUAUUGGUUUACUUUUUGAUCUGCAUGCAUCGAACACUGCACUGCCAUGGAACGUUAUAGUUCACUUUAAGAAUUUUCCUGAAACGGAACUGCUUCAUUGCCUCACAAAAGAUGCCGUUGAAGCUCAUUUUAUGUCUUGCAUUAAAGAAGCUGAUGCCUUAAAGCACAAAAGUCAAGUAAUCAAUGAGAUGCAGAAAAAGGAUCAUAAACAGCUUUGGAUGGGCUUACAAAAUGAUAAAUUUGACCAGUUUUGGGCCAUCAAUCGAAAACUUAUGGAGUAUCCAACAGAGGAAGGAGGAUUCCGAUAUGUUCCUUUUAGGAUAUAUCAGCCUCUAAAUGAACGACCAUCUAUUCAGAAGCUUUUUCGUCCAAUCAGUUCAGAAGGACAGCCACAUAAUCUUGGUGACUUGUUGAAAGAAAUGUUUCCUGCUGCUGUAACUUCUGAAGAUGUGGAGAAGCAAUAUCAAGUAGUGAUUCAUGGGAUUGAACCAAUGCUGGAAACACCAUUGCAGUGGCUCAGUGAGCAUCUGAGCUACCCAGACAAUUUCCUGCACAUUAGUAUCAUUCCUGUGCCUAGAGACUGAGGAAGCAAACAACUCAAACAGAGAGCAAGCCACCCUGCCUGGACUUGCCUAAGCAGUACUAUUUUCCAAUUCCAUAAAGCCUGUUGGAAGCAACUUGAACCAGAAAUACUCACUGCUGCAAGCCUAACAGGAAGAGAUCCCACAACCAGAUAAGGGACUGGUCCUAGUUUGUAUCUCUACUAUAAACCUGCUGUUGUCAUAAAACCUCACUCACAACAUGAAAAUUUCUCAAGGCCACUUGUAUCAUGUUUCUUGUAAAAUGUUGAACAUGAUAUUUUCUAAGGCACCAAGCAAUGGAAACAUGUAGCACUCGAUUUCUGAUUAACAAAUAAAUGGGGGUAUUUCCAAAAGUGACCAUGAUUGAAUUGCAGUAUGAGAGGAUGGAAAUAGACACUGUUUUUACUUUCCAAAGGAUUAUGCAACCUCUCAGAAAAACAGAUAGCUGAAGAUUUGCAGAAAUGGUUCAAAUUUUUUUAUUCUUUCACCAUCUUUCUUUUAUUUCUUCUCUCCCAAAUAUUCUACCACUCUCUCCCCCCUUACAUAUUUUCCCCCUUCCUUUCCAUCUUUCCAUUUUCUCUCUUUCUGUCUCUCCGUUCCACUUUCCUCAUUCAUUUUACCCCCUUCCCAACAUCAUCCUUCUGAUCCUCAAAUUAUUAUAAUGGCAAAUACAAAACAGUAAAUUGUUUAUAUUCCAGCUAUUGAGAUUAUAUCUUUAAAUCAUUCCACAUUUUUAUCUGUUAAAGGAUGCCCAUAUGUAAAAUCAAACAUUUUUGUUCAGUAUAAUUGUUUUCAUUCAUGGUUAUAAACCAGACACAUAUUUGGUAUUUUUAAAUAUAUUCAUAUAACAUUUCUUUUGUAUUGAUAGAUAAUGGAAAGAAUUUCUUAACUGCUUUAAUUAGACUGUAUACCAUUUUCAGGAAAGUCUUUUAUAUUACAGAUUUUUGGCAUAAUCAUGUAUUACAGACAUCUUUCUUUAUCUAAAUAAAAGCCACUGUCAAUAAUUUGCACGUGCAGAUGACUGAAGUAUUCUCUGAUGAAGUAUAAACAAAUUUCUUCUUUGCUGAUGCCCUUCCGGGAGUUUUUUAUGUGACGUGCAGGAAAUGGAUUUGAGUCGCUAAUAAAGACAGCCCAGGAAAUGAUGUGAUUUGUUUCCCAAAGCAUUAUCCAACUAUUGUAGCCAAAAAUUGUUUUGAAUUUUGAGUGGGUGAGGGGUAGCACCAAGUGGAGGAAAUAAAUGGAGUGAUUUUUAUUAAAUCAGGGAUUACAUAUCAAAGGCCAAGAGAUGUUUUCACUGAACUAACUAUUAAAUUAUGCAAUGCCAUUGAAAAUAUCUACCUUAUUUUGCUUGCUGUAACUCAAAACAUCAAUGACUUUAUUUUGGGUUUACAGCAUGCAUACCUUGUCCAUGGAGGAAUUUGAAAUGACAAACAAGUGGAAAAUCUUGCAUUCAGAAAUCCAGUGCAUAAUUGAUGACAACUGCCAGGCAAAAAAUACAAGUUUCCUGAAAAUUCUUCAUGAAAAAUCAGCUUACACUUAGUUACCUAAACUAAUUACAAGAAACAGUUGAUACCUGAAUAUUUACUGUUAUCUAUGUUGUUUCAUAAAUAUGUAAGAUUUAUAAUUUGCAAUUACAAAUGGGCUUUCAACAAAGAGGACAAAAGAUUAAAAUUCACCACACUGGAGAGAGAGCUCCUUACUCUGAGGAUAAGGAAGUUCCAGAAUCUUGAUAAGUAUUUGAAACUAAUUUGGGAAUGCUGCAUAUGAUUGAUAGCAAGUGCUAAUUUAUUUGCAUGUUCUUUUUUCCACUUUUGUGGUUUACCGCUCAACUGGACAGUGAAAAUGCUCACUUCCAUAAAACGUACUAAGCCUCGCAUACAGCCUUUUAACACAUGGCCAUAAACCUUUACAUCAGUUUACCAUUGAUGAAUGAAUGGCUUGUCUUCGUUUAAGCAUGCUUACUGGUACUAUCCUUAACAUUUAUCAUUUGCAUCAGUUUUUUGUGUAAAUUGGAAUGGAAGGAUGGAGAACUGCACAAUGUACAUUUUAAUUUGCCAUGUUGAACUACUUGUAGUAGGGGUUGUUUAAAGGUUUAAUAUACUGAAUGAAAAUUAACAACCCCUUCCUUGCUGUGCAAUAAAAAUCUUUUAUCAAUGUGAAGUAGCAGAGUUUGUUAUUGUUACCCCUUUGUAAUCUAUAUACAGAAAAUACUUCAGGCAAUAUUUUUUUUGCUUAGUGCCACUGGUCAAGGUUCAGAAUACUAGUCCAUCUGUUAUACAAAUUCGAACAGUGAAAGUUUCCUUCUAGUGUCUGAUACACCUUUCAAAAUAAUGUAAUGCAGUACUUGUAAUUCUUCAGCAGUCUUGUUAUCUGUUUCAAUUAUGCAACAAAACAAGCCCUUUUGAUAAUAAAAAUGCCUUUUAUUUC